CAGCGAGCGAAACAACGCGUGUCUGUGUCGUGCCUAUAUUUGCCUAAAAUGCCAAGUUGUGUGUUACGAAAGUGUAAAAACUAUGGUUCCAAGAAAAAUAAGAGUGUAGGAGUUUCAUACCAUACAUUUCCUAUUGAUGAUUAUAUAAAACAUGAAUGGGUCAGCAUAGUUCAGGCGGAAAGAAGUGAAUUUAACUGGAUACCUACAAAAAGUAGUACUAUUUGUUCUGAACAUUUUAAAAAUGAAGAUAAAUACACUACUUCUAAAGGCUACACGCGUUUGAAAAAAACUGCAGUACCUGUGAUGGCCCCGGACAAUGAUGAUGUUCCACAAUUUCGCUCACCUACCAGUCUGGACCAUGUUGAUAUAUCCGCCAUGGAUUCAGUGUUGGACACCCCCAGAAAAGCAAAGCUAAGGAUGCGAGUUCGUAAAUUAGUUGUUGAAAAAAGAAUGUUACAGAAAAAAAAUAAUGCUCUUAAAAUCCAAAACAGCAGAUUAAAAAAAAUAACAAGCAUGAAAAACAUUUUAAAACACUUUUUGCAGUCCAACGUAUUCGAUAUUUUGUUUGAAUAUUCUAUGAAUCAAACCCCUAUAGGUACUCAUAGUGUGGGUCCACACUGCAAGCGCGGUGACUGGAGCCUAGGCGGGCGCGGCGAGCGGUGGCGUGGGGUGGCCACAGUGAAGGCGCGAGCUCUUGUAGCGGUGUGACGUAUAUCAGGAGUGCAACACCUUGACUUAUAGGAAAUUGUUCUUUUAUUUCACUCCAUAACUUUCUUGUUAUUGUGCGAUUAUUGUGGUGUGGAUGUUUGCUUUGCCAGAUCCGUGGUUUAGAUUGAAUUGCACUUAUGAACGAUUCAGUAUUAACCGCCAUUUUUUAGACAAACGAAUAUAAAUGCACAUACGCCGAACGACAAGAUCGAACUGGUUUGUUACCCCCGCCGUCCGCGCAUUGGGUCGCUCGAUGACUAGGCCCGUAGUGUGGCCAGAACGCGAAGAUAGAAGCGUUUGAAACUUACGCUCGCUGUGUCGCUCAGUCCCAUCGCACUAGGCUUCCGCCUUAGUCACUUCAAUAUGGACGCAAAGGCGCGUUUCAUAUGUUAGAUAUUUCGCGCCCGUCGUCGCAACCGCGCUAGGCUCGCAGUGUGGACCCACACAUAGAUUGCAACUAAUUCGAGCUAUAAUACAAAAGUAUCUGAAUGUCCGUUUGCAUCAUGAGCAUAAAAAUAGCCCAUUCAUUAAAAGCACGUCAAAAAGACAAAAAAGAUUUAUAAUUUAUAAUAUCAUUGACAAAACCAAUAAAUUAUUUCGGAAAAAAGUGGCAAAGUCGCAAGUUUGUUUGCGCCGCGUAGCGGUCCGCAGGUGUGCGUUGCGUAUUUAUUUUCACUAGACGCACACGUGCGCAAGUGCUGCCGGCUAUCGUCUAAUUUACCUAAACCUGAGCAAUUCGAUUUUGUAAAAGCGCUCAUUCGAUUCACAUUCGACUGAGAUCCAAUCCCGACUCAAUUACGAUUGAAGCGUAUGUGGCAUUCCGCUAUUUUUUCUUUGAAAUAAACGUUUAUUAUCCUA